AUGGCCAGUGCAGUUCUUCCUCAGAAACGAGUUCUGGGCGAGAGUCACACUCGCCAGAACAUCACAUCGUCUCCCUCCUCAACGAAGAAGCGCAAAGUAGAUGCAAUUCCGUCAUCACCUGCCGCCGCCCGGGCUCCCAGCUCCCAGCAUGACCAUCGAUCCAAAAUGACAUCCACUCAGCCCAAGAGUGCUUUUGAAUCAGAAGUCCUCGAAAAGCUCAGCCAGGACUUGUCUGACCGCAAACGCAACAACACAGAGAAGGAUCAGGCAUGGGAUAGACCACCUGUAGUAGACUUCGUGCCGGAGCGUGACAGUCUCUGCUUCCAGUCUAUCGAAGCUGAGGAGGGUACCUUACACGGCGGACGGGCUACCGUCAAGCUGUUUGGUGUCAAUGAAGCAGGAAACUCAGUCAUGCUGCACGUUACUGACUUCAAGCAUUAUCUAUACGUUCCUGCACCCGUCAACUUCCAACCACAGGAAUGUGCAGCUUUCAAAGCAUACCUGGAGACACAAGUCGCUCAACAUCAACCGACGAUCCACUCAGUCGCCUUUGCUAUGAGAGAGAACAUCUACGGAUUUCAAGGAAAUCAGUCGAAACCGUACCUGAAGGUUACUGUGACAGAUCCCAAAUUCAUCAACAAAGUUCGAACAACGAUUCAAAGUGGCAACGCAAACUGGAAAGGCAUGUGGAGGAAUGAUGGCGAAGUUCAAACUUUUGACAACCUACAAUAUCUGCUGCGUUUCAUGGUUGACUGCAAGGUCCGAGGUAUGUCAUGGGUUGAAGCUCCCGCUAAGGCGUAUAAAAUCAUCCCCGAUCAUGUUCGCCAAUCCAACUGUCAAAUCGAAGCUGAAGUUAGCUACCUCGAUCUUGUCGCACACGAACCGGUCGGCGAAUGGUCAAAGAUGGCACCCUUACGUAUUCUGUCUUUUGAUAUCGAGUGUGCCGGCCGUAAGGGUAUAUUUCCGGAAGCAAACCACGAUCCCGUCAUCCAGAUCGCAAACAUUGUUACACAAUAUGGAGAGAAGAAGCCAUUCGUCAGAAAUGUAUUCUGCUUGCAAGAAACGAGCUCUAUUGUGGCAACUCAGAUUCUUGAGUAUGAAAAAGAGGAGAAAAUGCUGAGUGAUUGGCAAAAGUUCCUUAUACGCGCGGACCCUGAUAUCAUCACCGGCUACAAUAUUUCCAAUUUCGAUUUCCCAUAUUUGCUAGACCGAGCGAAACAUCUCAAGGUAUCUGGUUUUGAAUACUGGACUCGAAUCCCCAGUAUGCAAUCCAAAGCCAAGGAAACAAAUUUCUCCAGCAAACAGAUGGGCAACCGAGACACCAAAGCUACAAACACCAACGGUCGAUUACAACUGGAUCUACUCCAACUGAUCCAGCGUGAUCAUCACCUCAGAAGCUAUACUCUGAACUCUGUGUGUGCCAACUUCCUUGGCGAGCAGAAGGAAGAUGUCCAUCAUACAAUGAUUACAGAACUUUUCAAUGGUACACCCGAGUCGCGAAGACGUCUGGCGCUAUACUGUCUGAAAGAUGCCUACCUCCCGCAAAGGCUAAUGGACAAACUCUCUUGUUUGGAAAACUAUACUGAAAUGGCAAGAGUCACAGGUGUACCUUUCAAUUUCUUAUUGUCUCGAGGUCAGCAAGUCAAGUUCAUCAGUCAGUUGUUCCGAAAAGCACUAGAGCAGAAACUUGUCAUCCCCAACCUCAAGUCAGAAGCUUCUGAUGAACAGUAUGAAGGAGCUACAGUCAUUGAGCCAACCCGAGGUUACUACGAUGUUCCAAUCGCCACUCUGGAUUUUGCCUCUCUAUACCCUAGUAUUAUGCAAGCUCAUAACCUUUGCUAUACCACUCUGGUCAGCAAGAAGGCGAUUGAAGCUUUCAAUCUCAAGAAAGACGAGGACUACAUUGUCACGCCCAAUGGAGACACUUUUGUAACAGUCAAGCAACGGAAGGGCUUGUUAGCACAAAUUCUUGAGGAACUUCUCGCGGCCCGUAAACAGGCCAAGCGUGAGUUGGCGGUUGAGACAGAUCCCUUCAAGAAGGCUGUGCUGAACGGUCGACAGCUGGCUCUGAAAAUCAGCGCAAACAGUGUGUACGGUUUGACUGGUGCUACAACAGGCAAACUCCCAUGUCUCGAGAUUGCCAGUAGUACAACAAGUUUUGGCCGAAAGAUGAUUGAGAAGACCAAGGAAGAGGUGGAAAACCGUUACAACAUAGCAAACGGAUACUCUCACGACGCCCAGGUCAUUUACGGUGAUACUGAUUCCGUCAUGAUUAAGUUCGGUACCAAAGACCUGCAGGAAGCUAUGAAGCUGGGUGAGGAAGCUUCGAAAUACGUAUCGGAGAAAUUUGUUAAACCCAUCAAACUCGAGUUCGAAAAAGUGUACUUCCCAUAUCUGCUGAUCAACAAGAAGCGAUAUGCUGGUCUAUACUGGACUAAACCAGAGAAGUAUGACAAGAUGGACACAAAGGGUAUUGAGACGGUGCGACGUGACAACUGUUUGUUGGUUCAGACUGUCAUUGAAAAAGUCCUACGGAUGAUCUUGAUUGACCAGGAUGUUCAAGGUGCCCAAGAGUAUGUCAAAGAGACGAUUGCAGAUCUGCUGCAAAAUAAGGUCGACAUGUCGAAAUUGGUCAUCACAAAAGCUCUUACAAAGGACGAUUAUGCCGCAAAGCAAGCCCACGUCGAGCUGGCGCAACGCAUGAAGAAGCGAGAUGCAGGCUCGGCACCGGGACUCGGUGACCGAGUGGCCUACGUCAUGGUCCGAGGCCCAGCUGGCGCCAAAAACUUCGAGAAGUCGGAGGACCCCAUUUACGUGCUUGAGCACAACGUACCGAUAGAUACGCGGUACUACUUGGAUAAUCAACUAGCUAAGCCACUCGGCCGUAUCUUUGAGCCGAUUCUCGGUGAGACCAAGGCGCGCUCUCUACUUACAGGAGAUCACACGCGUACCAUCUCGGUUGCAGCUCCCACUGUUGGAGGUCUCAUGAAGUUUGCAAAGAAGACACAAACAUGCAUGGGCUGCAAGAAACCUCUGACAGGGAAAGAAGAGUCACAGGGGGCGGUGUGCUCCAAUUGCGCACCUCGCGUUGGUGAGCUUUACAAGAAGACGCUUGAUCGCGUUUCAGACUUGGAAGUGCGCUUCGGGCGACUAUGGACCCAGUGCCAGCGCUGCCAGGGUAGCAUGCACUGCGAGGUUAUCUGCAGUAGUAAAGAUUGCCCCAUCUUUUACAUGCGCAUGAAAGCCAAAAAAGAUCUUGAGGAUGCUGGCCGCGAGCUUUCCCGUUUUGACGCUGAUCAGGCCGCUAUGUGGUGAGAGCUGGGAGGGUUGUUUCUCCAGGCAUCUACACCUCUUCAACAUUCUGAGUUGUCACUUUAUCAUUUACAUUGUCUUGUAUGUUUAUUGAAUUACUGGAGAGGGAACCAAAGCAUCUCUGGAUGCGGUUGGAAAGAUGAGGAGAGUCGUGCUGAGAUGUAAUGGAAGAGAUGCUCCUAUAAAAAUCACGGCUGGGAAUAGGCAUAUUGUAUGUAUAGGCGCAGGUACAAGUUUGGGAUUGUUUGUAGUCGUACUAUGUACGUAAGGCGUUUUGGGGCUUGGAGCCGCGGGUUCAACGUUGCUGCAGAUAUCACUGCAUAUAUUUAAGACAGAAUAAAGCAUGCGGCAUUGGCAUGAACACGUUUGAGACUUUAAUUUCCCUUACAAACGACAAUGACCAAGUCGUACUACAAACCAGGGUGAAAUGUUCAAAGGCAACGUAGCAAUGGUAUCGAAGCAAUAUUUGGAAAUAG